CAGACGAUCUCGGUGGAGUACCCGCUCCGGUGCUGUAGGUGGCGGCAAAACGACGCGGCGUUUCCUGUGAAGCCCGAUAGUCACAACAAGAGGAGGAAGAGGAAAAACGACAGCUCUGGAUCGUCGUCGACUGCCUUGCGUGACAACACAAGGAUCGCGUUCAGGGCUUCGGGUUGCUCCAAUUUGACCAGCAGCAUGUCUGAUUUGCUAAGAUAUAUCGACUAUGACCACAAAGCCACCUUCCUGAAGAUGCUCAACCAGCAGAGGAUGGAAGGUGAGCACUGCGAUGUGGUGGUGGUGGUGGAGAACAUCGAGUUCAGGGCUCACCGCUGUGUCUUGGCAGCCUGCAGCAACUACUUCAAGAAGCUCUUUAAGAAACAGAGCGACGAGGACAACUCCAUCGUGGAGCUGGACUUCAUCCGCUCCGACAUCUUUGAAGAGGUGCUCAAUUACAUGUACACGGCCAGGCUCGCCGUGAGGAAGAAGGACAUCAACAUGAUGAUGUCAUCCGGCCAGAUCCUGGGCAUCAACUUCCUGGACAACCUGUGCACCCAGAAACGCGAGCUGACCAACAUGAAGACCCGAGAGAACCAGGCUCCAGGUGACCACGGCAUGCGGGCUCAGGACGCCAUCCUGAAGGAGCUGGCCAUGGAGGAAGUGAGGAAGAACAGCUUCUACGACCAGGGGAUGGAGGGGAUGGGGCCCGGGGGCUCUCACGUGUCCCAGCCGCACAACUACAACACCAACUUGAGCAAAGACCCCCACAGCCACGGCUGGGGCUCCUCCUCCUCCAGCGACAUGAAGCUGGAGUACCUGCUGUACGGCCACCGCGACCACGGCUCUUGCCAGAGCACGGGCACCAAGCCCCUGGACCACAACGCCAAAAAGGAGCGGCUGCUCACGGCCAACCGCCCCUACGCCUGUGAGCACUGCCCCAAAGCCUUCACCACCGCCGCCCACCUCAAGGAGCACCUGAAGAUCCACUCCGGCUUCAAGCCCCACCGCUGCGUGGUGUGCGGCAAGGCCUUCAUCAGGGGCCCCGACCUAAAGAGGCACGAGAGGGUCCACAGCAACGAGAGGCCCUUCGCGUGCCAGAUGUGCGAAAAGGCCUUCAAGCACAAGUCUCACCUGAAGGACCACGAACGGCAGCCGGGGGAGCGGCCGUUCAACUGCGGCUCCUGCGAAAAGGCCUUCAUCAAAGCGUCGGAUCUGAAGCGCCACUGGAACACCAUGCACAGCGGCAACCCCCGCAGACAGAUGUCCCUGUCCCCCGCCGCCUCCCAGCACGGCCAGGCAGAGGCCGCCGACCAGAGAGACUGGAAAAUGGAGACCGGGCCACAUUCGCAUAACUCGGGGGACUGUUGAGCCUGACAAAACACACCAAAACACACUCAUACUGACACAUAGACGUGCACACAUGCGCAACAGUCACUUAAAAAAAGAAGAAACAUGUACACACACUGACACAACCACAACCCUGUGACAGGCCCGUGGCCCGAUGUCACAUGGACAAUGAUCGGAGUGAGUAACAAGAGACCAUAGCAUGUUCAUAAGACUGUGGGGCUGUAUUAUUAUUAUUAUUAUUAUUAUUCAAAAGAGUUAUGUCAAAACGAUGUUUUCUUUCCACCUGUAAAAUCAUGUAAAUGUUUAGUUCACUCUACUAUACGUAUAUUUUUCACAAAGCAUCGUUGCUAUGUAGACUGGGGGUUCUCAUAACAUUAAUUCUCUUUUACUUUUUAUGGGAUAUGUAACAUUUAAAUGUUUGUUUAACCUUUACUGGAUUUUUAUGGAGAUAAAAGAGAGAAACCGAGUGAUGGACGGGGAGG